GCGGGCGUGCUCGGCCCCCACCCGCGCUCCAGCCGCAGCCGUCCUCCUCCCGCGCCACCCCUCCCCCACGCGCGGGGCGCGCCCCCAGUCCUGCGUGCACGCGCGGCGGGCGGCAGGCGGGCGCCCGGCGCUCGGGCGUGUGCGAAGCGUGAGGUGGAGAUGGGGGCGGAGGGAGCUGGAGCUGUCACAGUCCCUGGGUGCUCCUGACCGAGCCAAGUGGGGUGUCAUGGCCGCGGGGGGCAGUGGCUGCACUUCCUCAGCGGGCGGCGGCGGCCGGGGAGUUAAUCCUCGACGCACGGGUCCCGUUUCCCUCUGUGCGGCGGCCGGCGGGACCAUAAGGGCUUAACUCAUAUAUUUAACCCCCCUCCAAAAAGGUUUGAAAGUAUUCUUGAAGGGCUGUUUGGACCUGCAUUAUUAAAAGAUCUCAGUUUAUUUAAAGACUGUGAACCUGAAAGCAUUUCUGAUUGGACUUUUGAUGAAAACUGUUUAUUCUGUUGUUUGAGAAGAGAUAAAGUAAAGUAUUUUUGCAGGGACACUUAGUCGGUCUGGAUGAACCAGCUUCGGGAGGUGGGCAAGAAGCUCUGCUUAAACAAGAGCAAGCAAAAAUCAUUCGAUUCGAGAGACAAGCAGAAGAAUUCCUCAAUGCAGUCUUUUAUAGAAAAGACAGUCCCUGGGUCUCCGACCCCAAUAUUCCCCUAGUGGCCCGUGAGAUCAUGCAGCGAAUGAUCCAACAAUUUGCUGCUGAAUAUACCUCAAAAAAUAGCUCUACUCAGGACCCCAGCCAGCCCAAUAGCACAAAGAACCAAAGCCUGCCGAAAGCAUCUCCAGUCACCACCUCUCCCACGGCUGCAACUACUCAGAACCCUGUGCUCAGCAAACUUCUCAUGGCUGACCAAGACUCACCUCUGGACCUUACUGUCAGAAAGUCUCAGUCAGAACCUAGCGAACAAGACGGUGUACUUGAUCUGUCCACUAAGAAAAGUCCAUGUGCUGGCAGCACUUCCCUGAGCCACUCUCCAGGCUGCUCCAGUACUCAAGGGAACGGGGAGAACUCAACAGAGGCAAAAGCAGUAGAUUCUAACAAUCAGUCGAAGUCCCCACUGGAGAAGUUUAUGGUCAAACUGUGUACUCAUCAUCAAAAGCAAUUCAUUCGUGUUCUGAACGACCUGUACACUGAAUCUCAACCAGGCACUGAGGACCUGCAGCCUUCUGAUUCUGGAGCAAUGGAUGUAUCCACUUGCAAUGCUGGCUGUGCCCAGCUCAGCACCAAACAUAAAGAAAAAGAUGCUCUGUGUCUCGAUAUGAAGUCUUCUGCUUCUGUAGAUUUGUUCGUAGACUCGUCAGACUCUCACAGCCCUUUACACUUGACGGAACAGACCCCGAAGGAGCCUCCUCCUGAGAUAAACCCUGUAGAUGGAAGAGAGAAUGCCUUGACUGUUGUCCAGAAAGAGUCCUCUGAACUUCCAACCACUAAACCGAAUUCUAUUAAUAGCAGUUCAGUGGAUAGUUUCACUCCGGGAUACCUCACUGCAUCAAAUUCUUCCUCAGUGAACUUCCACCACAUCCCUAAAAACUUGGAGGGGCAAACCACUGGACAGGAGCAAGACACAAAUGUGAACAUAUGUGAGGAUGGUAAAGACCAUAUGCAGAGUUCAACUUUAGUAGAAAGUCUAAUUACCCUAAAAAUGGCAGCUGAGAAUAGUGAGGAGGGCAAUACCUGUAUUAGUCCUCAAAGAAAUUCGUUCAGGGCUUUAUCAGAAGAGGCUUGGGACUCAGGGUUUAUGGGGAACUCAUCUAGAACUGCUGACAAAGAGAAUACUUUACAGUGUCCAAAAACACCUUUGCACCAGGACUUAGAGGCAAAUGAACAAGAUGCAAGGCCAAAGCAAGAGAACCAUCUUCACUCGCUGGGAAGAAAUAAGGUGGGUUACCAUUUACAUCCCAGUGAUAAGGGCCAAUUUGAUCAUUCCAAAGAUGGUUGGUUAGGCCCUGCCCCUAUGCCAGCUGUACACAAAGCAGCAAAUGGACACUCAAGAACCAAGAUGAUAUCAACCUCCAUUAAGACAGCUCGGAAAAGUAAAAGGGCAUCAGGGCUGAGGAUAAAUGAUUAUGAUAACCAGUGUGAUGUUGUUUAUAUCAGUCAACCAAUAACAGAAUGCCACUUUGAGAAUCAAAAAUCGAUAUUAUCUUCUCGGAAAACAGCCAGAAAGAGUACUCGGGGAUACUUUUUCAAUGGUGACUGUUGUGAGCUGCCAACUGUUCGUACACUGGCCAGAAAUUUACACUCCCAGGAAAAAGCAAGCUGCUCAGCAUUGGCAUCAGAGGCAGUUUUCACUCCUAAGCAGACCCUUACAAUUUCAGCCCCUAGACAUACAGUAGAUGUGCAGCUUCCCAGAGAAGACAACCCUGAAGAACCUAGCAAGGAAAUAACCUCUCACGAGGAAGGAGGUGGAGACGUUUCACCUGGAAAAGAACCUCAAGAGCCUGAGGUUUGCCCCACAAAGAUGAAGCCGAGUCUGAGCAGCUCCCCCAGGUCAGAGGAGACGACAGCCUCCAGCCCGGGGUGGCCUCUCCCCACUCACCUUCCUGAAGAGGACCUGCCAGAAGGUGGCCCCACAGUCUCAGCUCCCACAGCAAGUGAUAUGUCUUCUGAACACAACCAACCACCACUUGCACUGUUGGAUACGGAGGAGAUGAGUGUACCCCAGGACUGUCACCUGCUUCCUUCCACUGAAAGCUUUUCUGGGGGAGGCAGUGAAGAUGUCAUUUCUAGGCCUCAUUCUCCUCCUGAAACAGUCAGUAGAGAAGAAAGUCCUCAGUGCUCAGAAAAUCAGAGUUCCCCAAUGGACUUGGAGCCCCCCAUGAGUCUGGGAAAGGCUGAGGACGACCAAAGCAUCAGUGCCGAGGUUGAGUCUGGAGACACCCAGGAGCUAGAUGUCAACCCACUCUUGAAGGAAAGCAGGACUUUUACUGAUGAAAACCCCAGUGGAACUGAGGAAAGUGAGGUAGCAGGUGGUACUGGAAAAUUAGAGGGAGAGGAGGAUGAUGUAAAAUGCCUGUCAGAAAAAGACACGUGUGAUCCAAGCAUUGACUCACUCGAAGAGAAUUUAGACAAAAAGAAAAAAGGUAAAAAAUUUCCUGAGGCCUCUGAUAGGUGCCUAAGAAGUCAACUUUUGGAUUCUUCCUCUGCUGACAGAUGCCUAAGAAAUCAAAGUUCAAAUUCUUCCUCAGCUUGUCUUGAAAUCAAAGUUCCUAAAAAUCCUAGUGCAAAACGUUCAAAAAAAGAAGUGCACCCUGGUGGGACAACACCUGAGGGCCUUCCACCUGACAGUUUCCACACGGAAGCUCUGGAGGACACAGAAAAGCCAAGUGUCAGCGAACACCCCCCUGAGAAAGAUGCCGAGCAGGAGGGCGAAGCAGGGGGAAUCAUCACCAGGCAGACUUUGAAAAACAUGCUGGUCAAAGAAGUCAAGGAGUUAGGAGGAGAGAUUUUCCCCAGCAGAGACCCCAUAACCACAGCUGGACAGCCACUGCCUGGAGAGAGAUUGGAAAUCUAUGUUCAGUCUAAAAUGGAUGAGAAGAAUGCUCAUAUCCCCUCAGAAAGUAUUCCUUGUAAGAGGGACCCAGAACAGGCAAAAGAAGAGCCAGGGCAUAUUCCCACACAGCAUGUGGAGAAGGCUGUAAAUGAGGUAGACAACGAAAACACUCAGCAGAAAGAUGAUGACAGUGAUGCCCCGUGCAGCUCUCUUGGCUUGUCAAGUAGUGGAAGUGGUGAUGCUGCUAGGCCACCAAAAUCAGUGCCAAGGCCUAAAAGAUUGACCUCUUCAACCUACAACCUAAGACAUGCUCAUUCUCUGGGAUCCUUGGAUGCUUCAAAAGUGACUUCAGAAAAGGAAGCUGCACAAGUAAGCCCCACAAUGCCAAAGGAAAAUGGAGCUUCAGAGAGUGGAGACCCUCUAGAUGAGGAUGAUGUUGACACCGUGGUAGAUGAACAGCCAAAGUUUAUGGAAUGGUGUGCUGAGGAGGAGAACCAAGAGCUCAUUGCCAACUUCAAUGCCCAGUACAUGAAAGUUCAGAAGGGCUGGAUCCAGUUGGAGAAAGAAGGACAGCCAACACCAAGAGCAAGGAACAAAUCAGAUAAACUGAAAGAGAUUUGGAAAAGCAAGAAAAGGUCACGGAAAUGUAGGGGUUCGUUGGAGGGUCAGAAGUUUUCUCCUGUUCAGAUGCUCUUUAUGACAAACUUUAAAUUAUCUAAUGUUUGUAAAUGGUUCUUAGAGACAACUGAAACCCGGUCUCUAGUCAUUGUGAAGAAGCUCAAUACUCGCCUUCCAGGAGACGUUCCCCCUGUCAAGCAUCCUCUUCAGAAAUACUCUCCUUCCAGCCUGUAUCCCAGUUCACUACAGGCUGAGCGCUUGAAAAAGCACUUGAAGAAAUUUCCUGGAGCUACCCCUGCUAGGAAUAAUUGGAAAACGCAGAAGCUCUGGGCUAAAUUUCGAGAGAAUCCUGAUCAAGUGGAGCCAGAGGAUGGCAGUGAUGUCAGCCCCAGCCCUAAUUCUGAAGACAGCAUAGAGGAAGUCAAGGAAGAUAAAAACAGCCAUCCUCCAGCAAACCUGCCCACUCCAGCCAGUACCCGGAUUCUUAGAAAAUAUUCCAAUAUUCGAGGAAAGCUCAGAGCCCAGCAACGUUUGGUCAAGAAUGAGAAAAUGGAAUGCCCAGAUGGUCUGGCUGUGGAAAGUAAGCCAAGUCGUAAGAGCGUAUGCAUCAACCCUCUGAUGUCACCCAAGCUUGCCCUGCAAGUGGAUGUAGAUGGGUUUCCUGUUAAGCCCAAGAGUACCGAAGGAAUGAAGGGACGGAAAGGGAAGCAGGUGUCCGAAAUCUUGCCUAAAGCAGAAGUUCAGAGUAAACGCAAGAGAACAGAAGGCAGCAGCCCUCCAGAUGGUAAGAACAAGGGGCCUGCGGUGAAAGCCAGCAAAGAAAAGCAUGCCGAUGGAGUCACCAAAACCCCUGCUGCCAAGAGGCCAGCUGCAAGGGACAGAGGCAGCCAACCCCCCAAAAAGACGUCUUUGAAAGAGAAUAAACUGAAGAUCCCUAAAAAGUCCGCUGGGAAGAGCUGCCCUCCCUCCAGGAAAGAAAAAGAGAAUACAAACAAAAGGCCUUCCCAGUCUAUUGCCUCGGAAACACUGACGAAACCUGCAAAACAGAAGGGGGCCGGUGAAUCCUCUUCAAGGCCUCAGAAAGCCACGAAUAGGAAGCAGAGUAGUGGAAAGACUCGGGCCAGACCCUCAACGAAAACCCCAGAGAGCAGUGCAGCUCAGAGAAAGCGAAAGCUGAAGGCAAAGCUGGACUCUUCACACGGCAAACGGAGGCGGCUGGAUGCAAAGUGAUUGGAAAGAUGGUAGCCAAGAGUAAAACUGUUCUAUAGAAGUAACCUUUUAUUUUGCAUUAACUAAAUCUGCUUUUAUAAGCUUAUCAAGCCUUUCAAAUUUACAGUUAAUGGAGAACACCGUAAUUUGAGAUGUCUGAAAAUGCAUCUCACAUGGAGAAGGGAACUUGCAGAGUCCUUCUCUGCGGCUAAGGGAAGUUAUAUAUUAUAUUCUGGUUGUUCCUUGGGUUUUAAACUUGGAACCAAGCAGUUUUCGUUUUUGAAAGUACAGUGCCUUAUUUAUCCUUUUUGUUUUUAAAUUUACAAAAGCUAAAAAGCUGAUCUAUGUGAUUAAAGGCUUGUAUUUUAUACUUGAUGCACAAGCACUUGUACUGUAGCCGAGAAGACCACCAUCAUGCACAUAAAAGGAGCUUUUCAGCAGCCACCCUGCAGCAUCUGCCCACGAACAGAUGCCCCUCUUUGCAAACCCCAGCAGUGAACUUCCCUCUCUGUCUUGUUUGUUUGUUUAGAUGAUGUUUGAAAGCUAAACCAAAUCAUUUUUAUGGUAUGCAGAGGAUUUAUAAUUAUAAAAGAUUACUAUUUCUGUUACCCCCUUUUUAAAAAGAUCAUGUUCAUUGUUGGUCCCUCCUCUCACCUUUGAUGUUUUGUUAUUUGAGAGCAUGUAUUCUAAAUUAUGUGCCCAUGGGACAAGAGAUAUGUCACAAGUGUUAAUUUUGUUUAUAACCUCUAAAACAUCAUUUGCAUCCCCAAACUGUAUUGCUAAUUCUCACCAUCUUCUUCAUUUCUGGUCUUGCUAGCACUCCUGCAAGGCUUCCAUCCUACUUUGGGAGGGAAAAGUCUAGGAUUUUUUUUUUUUUUUUUCAUCUUGUAGCUGUAAUUUGAUGAUUAGGAUGACAAUGACUCUUCUUAUUUUCUUUCUUACCCAGAGUACUUCCAUAUUCAAAGAAAGCCAAACUUAUUAUUUCCAGUAAUAGAAAGGUUUAAGAAUGUGUGUGUCCAUGUGUGUUUGGGUGCAUUUGCAUGUGGUUAUCAGCCACACAUGUCUCCCAAUCCCAAUUUUACAGUAAAAUUCUUUCUUCCCCAUGCAGUGUGCUUGGGUGUCCCUGAGUUGAGUAAUUAGCAAAGGACAGGUGGUUUAAAAGUAGCCCAGUGUCUCUGUGAGCAGCCCCAGUACCACUUUGGUACCAGACUCAGAUCUAAAACAGCACAGAAUUAUGUAAAGGUUAGAGCAGCCUUGCAGUUAGAGGAAGCAACUCCAACAUCUGUGGAGAGCCCACACACCCCCUACCCCCAGAGCUGAUGUUUAGCUGUGUGCUCCAAUGUGAAUGUACUCGUUGGAGUAGAUAUUCAUUCUGAUUGAUUAACACCAUCCUAGUGGUUAAAUGCUUGUAGUAUCCCUCCUGCCAUGUCAUGUCAGACUCUGUUCCGUGUCUCAGAAGUGAGAACCACCAUAUUUUAGUGACUUUGUUUGCCUUUCCCAGGUGAAGCCUGAGAUUGGCGUAUUGGCUUCAACCUAGUACCUAAGACUUUGCUCCAUGAUUACAAUGCAGCGUGUAGUUGACUUUUCCAUUGGGCCACUCUGCAAAAAAAAGGCUUGGUUGUUGAAGCGUCACCCAGCUUCCUUAACCUGUUCUGUCACCAAAAUCGGCUUGUAUGAACAGCUGCUGCCCUGUCCUUUUUAUUUAAAAAUUUUCCAUUUAGGUUGUUUCAGAUCUCUUUUAGAUAAGCCCAGAUGGACUUUUUCCUGAAAAUCAUGAUAAUACAGGCCUUCUACCCAUUCUGGUAAAGGUUUGCUGUAUAUCAUGGAAACUUCUGAUGAUUGGAUAAGACUGGAGAAAAGUAUUUGAUUGGUGAGAAAUUUAGAAUUGUGUUGAAUUUCAUAGCUAGAGAAGCUUACUAUCUUAUGAAGCCCUGACUGUUUUUCAUGUCUUCUCUGUCUGAUGAGUCUUUUUUUUUUCUGGUGUCUUUGACUUGGGCCAUUCAAGAGCUGCCUAUAUUAAUGAAACUGCUGAGUGUGUAUGUUGGCAACUCUUUCUCAGCAUUAAGUUGCACAGAGGCAUUAAUGUGUUUUGAAUAGGUUCAUUUAAUCUUAAAAAAUGGUUUUAAGGUUUUAAAAAUAUCUUUUCAUAUAGUUGUCACUGGAUAUUGUUUUUGUGGUGACUUAAACAGCUGAUGUUUGCCAAUGUCAGGCAUGCUGAUUCCUGUACAGAAGAGGUGCCCCCUUGGCUGCAUACAGACUACCUUGUAAGGUGCUUGGAUUAGGUUAGGGAGAGGUGUAAGGUAGUGAGUGGGUGGAACUUUUCCGGUUCCAAGUUUGUAAUUCAUUCCAUUUGUUUUCUAAGUUCUUUUUCAUUUUUAAAAGCUCACUUAAAGAUAAUAGCCUUCUUUCCCAUUCUAGGCUGUGUGUGAGAAAAGGUGUUAAUGUGUAUGUAUGUAUUUUAUAUACCUAACAAUGCAAUGGAUCAUCUUUAAAAUCAACUUAUACUUUAUAAUAAGGACAUUUAAAUAGACCGAGAGUCUACAUAAUUAUGACACUUAAAAGUUUAGAAUGUUUAUAUUUGUUGAAUCUCACUUUUGCUGAUUCAGUUAAUUUUAUUAAUAGAAGAAAGAAAACAGCAAAACCUGAGGGCCAAUCCUGAAAGGCCGUUUGAUAGCUGCAGCAGGUACUGGCAAAGCAGCUUCCCAGACACCUCCAGGCUCAGGCGUGGGAUUGACUCAAGUCUGUUAUUGUUUUCCCUCCUUUGCAGAAACCUUCUUCCCAGAGCCAUCUUCAAGAGUGGCUUACCACCAAAUGCAAAAGCAGUCCAUCCCACAUUCCGAUUCCAAAUCAGAAAGGAAAUUCUGCUCCUGGUUGUACACUUGGUGAAAUGACAGUCCCAGUCUUGGGGCUGAAGUUGAUGACCAAAGGACACUGGUAUUCUCUGAGUUUCUGGAGAAGCUGGAAGAUGCCUGGGAAGCAAUCACUGAAGCUGGCGUAGCUCCCCUAGAGGAGGGCCCUCUUUAGGAUACCCAUCUUCUAUCGCAUGAGACUCCCUACUGUAGAUGGACACGCAGGAGACCACUCCCUCACUUGGGGUUCUGAGCCUCCCCCCUAGCACUUCCUCAGACAGGUAACAAUCUCGCAGCACAGCAGGAAGGUUGCGAACCUGUGUUCUGCUCCUGAGGCUUCCUUCGUAGGAAUGCUAUUAAUGUCUGUAAGUCACCAGUCACUAGCCCCUUGGAUUCCUUGUUAAAGACUUCUAUGCAGCCUUAUCUAAAACAAUAAUCUUAGGCUGUGAGUCUCCUGCUGUAUUGUUCCUAAAAUUGUAUGGGUAGAAGAGGUGCCCUUAGUCAUCCCUUUACAUAUGUGGUGCUUUCUAAUGGGAUCUUCUAUGCAUCACAUACUAUGCAGGUGAAUUUCUCACUGUUAAGAUAGGUCAUCAGUAGAAGGCAUCACUUCAAGAUAGUUACUUUGAAUUGAGGUUUGACCUCUUUUCCUGCUUUGUAAUGGGUUCAGUGGUGAGGGUGGGAGCUGUCAUUCACAUUUAUGGGCAGCAUUCCUGUUGAUUAGUGGACCUAAGAGUCAAAUAGGAAAAUACAGCAUGCUGUGUGAUACAAGCUGGAGAUGCUGUAGUGUUACUAUCUGCAAGUUCUGUGCGGGCUGCCUUUUGGAUUCCAGAUGAUCUGUCAGGGGUCUGCAAACUGGGCUAGUCACUUGUUUGUGUAAAUAAAAUGUGUUUGGAAUAUAGCCACACCCAUUUUCUUAUGUACUGCCUGCGGCUGCUUUCACACUGCAAGAGCAGAGUUGAGUAGCUGCAGCAGAGACCCGUGUGGCCCUUACAGCCUAAGAUACUAUCUGGACCUUCAGAAAACAUCGCUGACCGUGCUUGAGAAAGUCAUCCUUUUCAGGAACAAAUAUUCUUGAUUUUCCUUCUCUCUUCUGCCCUUUUCUCUCUGUUCUUCUUUACUUCCUGUUUUCCUUUUCUAAAUUUUGUUUUCUUUUACUCCUCUUUAGUUAUCUUGCUACAAAGAAGACAUGUUAUAUCGAUAUGCACUACUGUCCCCUUAAACUUGAGCAACUGUAGCAUUCCAUCUUUCUUUAAAAAAACCCAUCACAGUAGCCAAAAUGAGGCCACCUUACCCUAUGGAGCCAGAACCCAUUAGCAAAUAGGGAUUCAGAGUUCUAAAAUUAUGUGGCCGGGGCCUCUCAUUUCACUCACACAGAACUGACUCUGGCUUUAUUUCUUCUUUAUUAAAGUAAACCAAGAUUUUGUUUCUGGCAAAAUUAGUUGAGACUACUUUAGUUGGACUUUUAGUCCUCUGAAUGUCACAUUUAGAUGUGGAAAAUGUUUUUUCGCAGAGUAGAAACAAAGUCUGAUCACAAACCCAAAGCAUUGUUUAUUCUUAUAUAUUUUGUUCAGCUUUUAGGAAAAUAAAAAUGUGUUGGCACUGAUACCUUUUCAGUCACAUGCUUUCAAAAUAAUUUUAUUAAAGGUAAGCCAACAAAUAAAACAUAGAGGCUUUUGAAGUGCUUUAAUAAUGAUUUACAAAAUUGGAGUUAUAACCAGAGUAUGACUGAAAAGCUAUUAAAGUCUUCCUCCUUCUCCAAAAACUCAAGGAUAAGGGGAUAUAUCUUUUUUUUUUUUUUUUUUUUUUUUUUUUUAAAUAGAGACGAGGUUAUGCUGUGUUGCCCAGGCUGAUCUCAAACUCCUGGCCUCAAGCAGUGCUCCCACCUCAGCCUCCCAAAGUACUGGGAUUACAAGUGUGAGCCAACGCACCAACACAAGUAUAAGUUUCUUUGCUGGUUUUUUUUUUUUUUUUUUUUAUGUGAUUCAGUGUCUUGUCAGUGAAAAAUUUUUGUCAGUGGCCCCAAAUCACUGAUUGUUUUAGUUGUUUUGAAACAGACAAUUAUCAUUUUGAAUUCUUAGGAUUACUUUGAUGUCUUACUAUGACUUGAUAUCCACUGAAAUACUGGAAUUUUUUUUAAGUAUAAAAUCAAUGUGUGUAAGGCAGUCUUCAUAUCCUAGCAGUAAGUGUUCUUCCCCAUGCUUGCUCUCAAAUCCUUUUCAGGGGAAAAAUAAAAAGAUUAUUGUAUUUAAAAUGAGCAGAAUUGUGGAAGGGCCUUCCCCCGCCCCCUGCGGACAGGGUCUCAGUCUAUCGCCCCAGGCUGGAGUGCAAUGGGCAUAUGGUCUUAUCUACUAGGGUAUGUAGUUUAAAAGUGUAGUUUUUUAAAAGUAUAGUCAUCUUCAUUUUUAUACGCCCACUGCAGCCUUCAUCUCCCAGGCUCAAAGAGAUUUUCACACCUCAGCCUCCUGAGUAGCUGGGACUACAGGUGCAUGCCACCACACCCAGCUAAUUUUUUUUUUUUUUUUUUUUCCAGUUUUAGCAGAGAUGAGGUCUCGCUGUGUUGCCCAGACUGGGAAGUCUUUUGAGGCAGCCUUCAAUAUAAUUCAUCCUUUGAAACCUCAGAACAGAGUCUUGUAUUCUACAAUGGAUGGAUUGGAAGACUUGAAGCCCCAGCCUCUUUCCUUUAUAGAUAAUCAGACUCGGGCAGAAACUCAGAGCUCUCAGGGCUUUGCUGUGCUGUGCCAUGUCAUGCCGUCCUGGGGCCCAGGGAACCACCCUGAGCACUUUGUGGAGUGUGUCCUUGCUCAGGCUUUUGCCUUGGGAUUGAACCGAGGCUGGUCAGUUCCUUCCACUUACCUCCUCUCUGUCUGAUCUUCCUUUUCCCAGAGCCUCAGUGCUUGAUGCUCAGUGCUCAGGAGAUGUCCUUUGCUCCAUCGUUCAGAAGGGCAGUUGUGUGGUUAUGCUGCCAGGUGAGCACAGACACACGUCCUUUCUCCCCUAGCUGGGGCCAUCCCACACAGGGUGCUCAGUAUGCAUGCCUCACGAAAGCAUAGACUGUCCAUUUAAAAAAAAUCAGGUACUCACGGUAUUACAAUAUGCCAGGGGUUGGACAAAUGGAUUUUUUACCCUUUUUUAAAGGGUUAUGUAAAAAAAAAAAAAAAAAAAAAAAGCGACUGUAUGUGGCCCACAUAACCUAAAAUAUUUACUUCCUGACUCUUGUAUAAAAGCUCUACUGAUCCUUGCAAUAGUCAUUAAAGAUCAAAUUGUAUAGACAGGCAGAACUUUUUUUUUUUUCUCAUAUAGUCCAACAUUUUUUCAAACAGUCCAGCAAUUCUUUUAGAUUUUAGAGUAGCUUGCCUGUGCAUCUCAGUACACAGCUGCUGUUACAGAUUAUUCCUGAAUAAUGCUUUUGCAUUAUUAAGAAAAAUUAUACCCCUUUGCCAAUUGUCUACUUGUUAAUGAGUUGUGGGCAUGUCAUGUGAUCAUAUCUAUUAGGGUAUGUAGUUAAAACUAAAAAUGCAGUCUUUAAAAGUACAGUCUUCAUUUUUAUGAAUCAGAGUGAACUUGACUGUGGUAGACAUUCCAUUAACAGCAGUUCAGCACAAACAAGUUACUCAUGAACUUAAAGCCAAGAAUAGUGCCUCUCCCUGAAAGUAUGCGAUGUGUUGGUUUUACCCCUAGAACACUUCAUUUCUCUUUUGUAUCAUAUACUUGAAGGUUUCUCACUCUUCAAGCUCUGGUCAUGAUAUGCGAACAUAAAUGCCUGGUGUUUGCCUGUUUGACUUUCAAGUGCAGACCACACAUUCUCUUAAAAACACCAGCAUGUCUGUGGCAUCUUGUCAAGACACCGGCAGCUUUAGACAGAACAAGUUCAGGGCUCUCCAAUCCAACCGGAGUGACCUGCUGGUUCUGAGGAGCCAUCCUUGGCACCUUGCCCUUCCUCCUCCUGCCUCUGCUUAUGCCGCCAGCUCCCUUUCAGGAGGCAUAUUCUCUGGGACAGUCCCCCACUUCCCCAGUGCAGCCCUGAACACAAAUUUGUCACAUUAGAAGCAUUUUUAUCUCAAAACUCUGUUUUCCUCGAGUAUUUAAUUGUUGAGUUUAAAUGCUAUUCAAUUUAUCAAAUUUUUUUUACCCCAGUUUUCUAUGAUCUGCACCUCAUAGUUGUCUUGUAGCUAAAGCUGCAGUAUUUGGGAGCUAAUUUUUGGGAAAGAGACUAUACAAACAAGAUUUGCAUAAUUUUGUAUAUUUAUACCACAGGUAGGGAUUAUUUUAGAGCCACUGUAGCUUAAGGUUAUUGAUUUCACUAGUGUGGUUUCUGCAUUCUAAAUAGUUCUCGGAGACUGUGUUAGUGACUGGUUUCAAAUACAUAUAUAUAAUAUUUAUACACACCACUGUGGAAUUUAUUUCACUGUGUAAAUAGUGAUAUUUUCCUGUUCAAAUGCUUCUAUAGAAAGUAUUUAUUUUAACAAGAAAAUUAACUGUCAAAAGGGCUUUCCAAAAAGUGUUCUUUCUAGCCACCCAUCCUCCCCAGCUACCAUGCUCAACCAUUGAGUCUCCAAACAACAGUGAAAGCAGAAAGGUGUGGCCUUGAAACCAUCACUGUAUUUGGGCAGAUGCAACAGAAGCGCAUCUCCCCACUGUCACCCCAUCCCACAACAAAGUGGGACUCCCAUCGUGGGUAUGGCUGUGCCAGCAUGGCAUCGGGCGUGCCCCAUGCAGCCUACUUCUUGCAUGCACAGUUGGUACAUUCAGCUGUACACUUAACAGCCUGUACAGGAAAAUGAGCCUUAGUUGUAGCCCCAAGGAAACCCAAACCCAUGCCUGUGAGAUACGGAGAAACCACUGGUUGCCUAGAGAAAGCAUUAAGGUGUAUUUCUAGUUCCUCUCUCAUGUUGGUGAAAGACACUAUUCACACUCUCAUUAAUCAUGGGAGAUAAGCAUGUUAUCUUCUGCACCUUGACUAUGCUCAUGAGCACCUGGCUCUUCUCUUCCUCCUCCUCCCCUCCCUGUCUCAGUGUGCGUCUGUGCAGAUGUGGGCCAGCCCCCUUGUAACCAGUGGUUACAGAAUGAUACCAUCUGUUCUAAGAUGUGGUCAGCUUUACUUCUCAGGAGUCCUGUCCUACAAUUCAGAGCACCCCUGGAUGGGAUGGAACCAGUGCUUUAUGAUCAUGUUCCUCUUCCCUGUGCCCUGUCCUUGGGCACCUCCAUGUAAGUCAUGAUCCUCAUUGUGCAGGGCUGGCUGGACUGAGAAUUGCAACUCCAGGACAGCAGGGAGCUUUGGGACUAGGCACGCAGGGAUUUUGUCAUCCAUUUGAACCAUAAUUUGCAUAUUUUCUUACGGCCUCCCUUUGUCUUUUCUAAACGAAUGAGGCGGACACUUGAACAGUAAUGCUGGAGAAUGUUUUUUUUAAGAGGCUUUGUAAGCAAAUCUGAUUUUAAGAUGAAAUGUGAAUGAGAAACUAGGUGCCAGGGAAUUUAGCACUGAACUAGACAGUCAGAACUUUUUUAACUUUGCAGGAAGAAAUAAAUUUUGCUGUCGUCUAAAUGUUCACAAGAAGUAAUGUUGUAAAUAGUUUUCUAAAAAUAUUUAUUACCUGUGCUGUAUACAAAUUCAUGUUUUGAGUGAUGUUGGUUUGCAUCGUAGUAUUAUAGAAUAUAUUUUGAGCAGUGGACUUCCUUUCAUAACACAGUUCACACAUGGAGAAAGAACAAAAACCAGCAGGUUGAGAGCGUUUGGGGCAUUUGAUCUGUAAUGUUACAUCAAAUCUAAGCUUUAACUGCCCCCUCUUCUCAUCUGGUUAUAUUUUAUACACACAAACACACACACACACAGGGGUAUGAUAAACUGGUCAGUGGUCAGUACCCAGAUCUGCAGAGCAGAUUUCCAGGUGUUCUUUCUGAUGUGUUGCCCAUAAGCAAUAAGAUCUUAGGUAAUAACAUUUAUUCCGGGGCCCACAUUGGCCCUUGUCUCAGAGGAUAGGGUGGGGGUAGAACAGCUCUUGCUAAGACCUCUUGCCUUUGCCAGAGAGGUUGCUGUACUUGAAUUUUUGCUUCUGUUUGUCUGCACGCUCCUUCAUGUCAUAGAACUCUAGCAAUGGAUGAGAAAUCUGCCAGCACCAGACACAUCAAAACUGGGCAUGUAGAUUGAAAAAUUUGCAAUUUUUCAUGAAUUUAUAGGGUUUCCAGAAUCUAGUUGAGGCAAAGCUCAUUUGGCUAUAGAGUAAAUGUAAGACUUGUUACAAUAGAAAUUUAAGUGGCCAGUUCAAAGUCCUUUGGCUAUAUUUGACCUACCGUUAAAAGCUAGCCCAUUUCAUAUAAGCAUCUUCUGCGCCUGGGCUUGAAAUGUCUAAAGCUGCCUUCGUGUCUGGGAUUACACCAUGUAGGUCAGUAUAAAGAGGGCAGUCACUCCUCCAUUUUUCCCAGCGUGUCCAGUUCAGCAGAUUUCUAAAGCUGUUAAGCAGCCUCUCUUUUUGACCGUCCUAAACUUUGUGAAAAUAAAUACCCCACACCCAGAUAACCAUUAAUAGAAGUAAUGUAGUUUUUUAGGCUUUUGGAAUAUGUCUUCUCUUUUGUAUUUAUGAUGGUGUUUGGAAUUUUUCACUAGUGUUUUUUUAGAUUGAAGUGGGUGCAUUAGGAUAAAACUUUCCCUUGCUGAUCCUGAAGGCAAGCAAGAGGAAAGAAAUGGACCUGUAUUGUAUCAUUGGGGAGGUGACUACUUCUUGUGGUGGUAGGGGGUGGGGGGAAUGGGGCAUUGUAGGUUAUGUGGGGGUACAAUAGAAUUCUGGCCUGAGGCUCCCCAAGUCUUACUACCUUGUAUGAAAAAUCCCCUUAUUAGCCUCAUUUAAUCUCAAUAGAAGCCUGCUGUUUACCCUCAGGGAACAAGUAGUUUUCAAAAUUGAGCUCCUCCAAGGUCAUUGGCCAAUACUGUAUGCAAGCAUUGGUCAUCUUUGUAAACUCAUGGCAUUAUUUCCCCGUAUGCAUUAUAAUACUAAGAAAUUCAUCCCCAACCUGUAUGAAAAGCACAGCCCAGGGCCCUAAUUGAGGCUAGCGUGAAUGCCUUUGAGGGGCCAGGGGGCCAUAGGAGGCCCAUGCAAUUUAACUGAAGCUCAGGUGCCACGUUGGAUUUUUAUUCUUAUUAGGCCGCAACCCUUCUGAAUGAGUUUAGGGCAGGGGCUGCUGAUCCGGCUGUGGAUUCAGGGAGCUCUAAAAUGAAUCUCUACCGUUCCUUUAAAGGUCUUUCUGGUUCUUCCCAGUGUUGUCAUUGCCGAGGUCGAUCUCGUAGUUGUUCAGUUGUGCUCUUUUUGCUGUCUUGUGAGUCUUAGCCAGUGAUCCAGCUGCCCAAGGACAGGGCCUCCAGAGGGCCUAGCACCGUCCUGGUACCAAGCGUGUGCUCCCGGCCUGUGUGACAGUGUCUUUCCAGAGCAGUGAAAUGAGAAAUUCUGCAAGUGGCAACUCCGAACAUCAGUGUGUCUCUCUUGGGCCUGGAUUUCUACUAUGUUAGUGUAGGAAUAUACUGUGUCUUUAAUGGAUGAAAAUUCAAUGUAUGCUGUGAAUUUGUUGGUUUGAAACAUUGAAAUUUUUCAUUAGACAAUGUUUACAUACCUCACCUGAAGAACCUUUGAGAGUGUAUAUAUAAAAUUUAAAAAUAUAUUAAGUUGCUUUAAAACAAUAUGUAUAGCUAUAAAAGUUGGAGUUAUUUUAACUUUGAAUAUGUACCAAGUCUCUUAAAUAUUGAAAUCUUGUAGACUUCUUGUGCUUCUGUGUUUUGCUUUCCUAUCAGGCCAUGUAGGAAACUGUGUUCUUGUUAUUGGUAGAGGGGCUCUCACUGAAAUCCAAGCUUGGAAGGAUUUCCUGUGUUGUUUCAGAUUCUCUUGUUUGGUUUUGAGGGAUGGGGUGUGGAGCCAGAGGAUGUGUGGGAGGGGUUUCUCUAACAUUGACAUCUAUUCCAUGAGCUUUUUCAAGGCGCUUAUUUUAUGGCAGCGUAUUAAACUUCUUUGAUAUUCAA